AUGACUCAACUCGUUCGUUAUAAAAUUCCAAUUAUUGGUCAUACUUAUAGUUAUUUGUAUGACUGUAAAGAUUUCUUUAAACUAAUAAGAAAAGAGUACGGAGGUAUUUUUAGUCUAUGUAGAUGGGGUCAAGUAAGGAUCUUUGUUGGUAGGAAAGAGCAUAUGCAUGAGGUAUUAGCAAGGGACGACGUAUUUGACUUUGAAAUAGUAAUUAAAAGGAAUAUUCCAGGAGACGUAAUGUUUGUAAAUGGAUUAGGUGACUUUAAAUAUAAUGCAGCGUUUGUUAAGAAUUAUAUCACGAAAAAUUAG